AUGGAGGCCACAGGUGAAAACCUCACCUUCCUACGAAAAAUCCGUCCACCAAGCUUCGAGGAAGCCGGGUUAGAAGACUGCGCGUUACCUCCAGAAUCCAUCAAAGAAGCCUUCUUCAAAGCAGCCUCCGUCGUUGGCUCCCGCGCCGCCACUGUUUUCGCCGGCGACAAUGACGAGGUUGAUGGCGGAUGUAUCAGUGAUCCUUGGAUAGAAAAACCUGCGCCGUCGGAUGCGUUGGUGGGGAUCGAACCUGAGAUUAGACCUCCGGGAGCCUGCGCUAUCGGAAAGGGCGGCGGUUUUGGUGGAAAUGGUGAGCCGGCGAGUGAUGUGAUGGUGGCUAGCGGAGAGGGCGGCAAAGAUGGUGGAGAUUGUCUGGAUGGGUUAAGGGGGUUGGAGAUUAAGGACAAGAAUGAUGAAGGAGAUAAUGAGGAACAAGAUGAGAAGAAACCAACUUUAGUUGAGGGAUAUUUCUUGAAUCCUUAA